CCUCAUCUCCGAACCUUUUUCUCUUACUUCUUUUACUCAAUAUUGCUUGCUGGACAUGGUGAAAGAAGUCUCAUCUAUCCAUGUGAACUGGACUGGACAAUAACAACAUCAGACCAGUGCGUUUGUGUAGGAGUGAAUGUAUUUUUAAAAGAUGAGACCCGGAAUCCUAAAUUCCUCAAAUGGAGCAGUCAGCUUUGAUGGAAAAAGUGCCUUCUCGCAACUGGAACACAACAUUGUUGCCGGAUACCUUAUUGCUGCAUGUGUGAUCAGUUUGUUCAGUAACCUUGUGGUGCUGAUUAUGUUUGCAAAGUUUAAAGAACUGCGUAAUGCCACAAAUGCCAUCAUCAUUAAUCUGGCUUUUACUGAUGUUGGAGUAGCCGGCAUUGGUUAUCCCAUGUCUGCUGCAUCUGAUCUGCAUGGCAGCUGGAAGUUUGGGCACACUGGUUGCCAGAUAUAUGCUGCCCUGAACAUAUUCUUUGGGAUGGCCAGCAUUGGACUGCUUACUGUGGUAGCCAUUGAUAGAUAUAUAAGCAUCUGCAAACCUGAUAUAGGACAGAAGAUGACAACACACUCAUAUAUACUGUUGAUUAUGGCUGCAUGGCUCAAUGCAGUGUUCUGGUCUGCCAUGCCAAUUGUGGGUUGGGCUGGGUACGCUCCUGAUCCAACUGGAGCCACGUGCACUAUCAACUGGAGGAACAAUGAUGCGUCCUUUAUCUCCUACACAAUGGCUGUGAUUUCUGUCAACUUUAUCAUUCCAUUGGCUGUAAUGUUCUAUUGCUAUUACAAUGUUUCGGUCACCAUGAAGAGGUACAAGGCAAGCAACUGCCUAGACAGCAUUAACAUCGAUUGGUCAGACCAGAUAGAUGUCACUAAGAUGUCUAUUGUGAUGAUUGUGAUGUUCUUGGUGGCCUGGUCUCCAUACUCUAUUGUGUGUCUUUGGGCAUCAUUUGCUGAUCCUAGAAAGAUCCCUGCACCAAUGGCCAUCAUCGCUCCACUCUUUGCAAAGUCUUCUACUUUCUACAACCCCUGCAUCUAUGUCAUCGCCAACAGGAAGUUCAGAAGAGCCAUCGUGGGGAUGCUGAGAUGCCAGACUCGACGACAUGUCACCAUCAACAACCAAGUUCCCAUGACGAUCUCACAAUCGCCUCUUAACCCGUAACCUACAAUAUGACAACAGUGACAUAUCCCAUCAUGUCUUCUGCUCAGCGAUGGGAGCUGACACUUCCUUGCGUUGUUGUAGCACCAAAAGUUUUGAAGUAGAUUGUUUGCUACUAUAUAAGCAAUGCAAUACAUGAAAAGAAAAACUGAGUUUUUAGGUAGAAAUUAAUUUGGCGACAUGACCAUUUAAAUUAGUAAGGAAUUUUUUUUCACACAAACAAAAGUAAAAGAUUUUGUAGCUGUGAUCAAAUGUAUGACCCCACUGUAAUUUUUUGUUAUUCUUUGCACUUCAUGGUUAUAAAUUAUAGAUUAUUAUUAUUAAACAAAUUGUAAUGUAUUCCAGGAUUGUUAACAACUGUUUUACUCUGUGGGCCAAUAUAUAUAAAACAACUUGACAGUCCAUUUUUCUUGUUUAGGUCAGGGUAAUACACUUUGUUUUAAAACUAUCAUUAAAACUUAAAAAUCAAACUUC